ACCAUGAAGUUCCUCUGCUUGCUGCUCUGCUUGGCUGUGGCCAAUGCGUACUACAAGGGCGGAAAAUACGGUGGAAACUACGGUGGAAACUACGGGAGCGUAGGAGGAUACGGAGGCGGUUACGGUGGAGGCUAUGGCGGUUAUGGAAACGAGGGCAAAUAUGGCGGUUAUGGAAACCAGGGUGGAUAUGGCGGCUAUGGAAACCAGGGUGGAUAUGGCGGCUAUGGAAACCAGGGUGGAUAUGGCGGUUAUGGAAACCAGGGCAAAUAUGGCGGUUAUGGAAACCAGGGUGGAUAUGGCGGUUAUGGAAACCAGGGCAAAUAUGGCGGUUAUGGAAACCAGGGUGGAUAUGGCGGUUAUGGAAACCAGGUCAAAAAUGGCGGUUAUGGAAACCAAGGUGGAUAUGGCGGUUAUGGAAACCAGGGCAAAUAUGGCGGUUAUGGAAACCAGGGUGGAUAUGGCGGUUAUGGAAACCAGGGUGGAUAUGGCGGUUAUGGAAACCAGGGUGGAUAUGGCGGCUAUGGAAACCAGGGCAAAUAUGGCGGUUAUGGAAACCAGGGUGGAUAUGGCGGCUAUGGAAACCAGGGCAAAUAUGGCGGUUAUGGAAACCAAGGUGGAUAUGGCGGUUAUGGAAACCAGGGUGGAUAUGGCGGUUAUGGAAACCAGGGUGGAUAUGGCGGUUACGGAAGCCAGGGCAAAUAUGGCGGUUAUGGAAACCAGGGUGGAUAUGGAGGCUAUGGAAACCAGGGUGGAUAUGGCGGUUAUGGAAAUCAGGGUGGAUACGGCGGAUACCAGGGAGGUUACGGGGGAUAUGGAUCGUAUGGAAAUCAGGGAAUCUUCGGUGGCAAAUACUCCAAGGGAUGGUAUUAAACAUCUCCAACAAUCUAUCCCGAAUUGGUGGACCACAUGCAAGACGCGAACAAACGACUCCGAUAUAUAUGAAAAGAUGUACAUAUACCUAGAAUUGUUAUACCUGCAAGUAAAAAAAAUAAAAUUAAUUUAUGCAACGUUUA